UGGAGCCCUCUACGUCUGACACCCAUCUCGGGUGCCUAUCAUGUUGUUGAAUUGUAAUGUUGUUCAGUGACUAUAGAUAGUAGACUACUAUCUAUAGUCACUGUGUUGUUGUAAUGGUAUAAUGCCUACUGGCAUACCCAGUCAUGGGGACGCUUUCCCCUUCGCUGGCUUAGACCGCCAUUUCCCUAGAGGGGACGUUGUUCGUUUAUUGUGUACUAACUUAGUUUUACAACUGCAAAAGAUAUUUAUAGGAAUUGUAUUGUGUUAAGAUAUAAAGUUUAAUCAUAAUCAAAAUGGAUGGUUUUGAUAGGGAUCAAAGAUUUGAAGAUAUUCAAAAAGAAUAUCUGGAUUUUUUAGAUGAUAUGGAGGACCAAGGAAUUUAUACUACUCUUGUAAAGAACAUGAUCGAAGAAAACAAGCACAGAUUAUACGUAAAUGUUAAUGAUUUGCGAAGAAAGAAUCCUCUUCGUGCAGCAAGCCUAUUAAAUAAUUCUUUUGAAGAGCAUCAAGCUUUUCAACUUGCUCUAAAACAAUUUGUUGCAAGCAUUGAUACGGAUUAUGCUAAAGAAAAUUUAGAUUUAUUUAUAGGAUUUGAAGGAAGUUUUGGAAGUAAACAUGUUACACCAAGAACUCUUACAUCACAUUUCUUGGGUAACUUGGUAUGUCUGGAAGGUAUUGUUACAAAAUGUUCCUUAGUGAGGCCAAAGGUUGUAAGAAGUAUUCAUUAUUGCAGUGCAACUAAAACUGUAACAGAAAGAGCUUACACUGAUUUUACUUCAUUUGAAGCAUUUCCACAAGCUGCUGUGUAUCCAACUACAGAUGAUGAUGGCAACCUGUUAGAAACAGAAUUUGGUCUUUCUACCUACAAAGAUCAUCAGACAAUAACUAUACAAGAAAUGCCUGAAAAAGCACCAACUGGUCAGCUACCAAGAAGCAUUGAUGUUGUAUGCGAUAAUGAUUUGGUAGAUCUUUGUAAACCUGGAGACAGAGUUCAGAUUGUUGGAAGUUUCAGAUGCCUCCCUGGUAAAUAUGGAGGAUAUACAACAGGGACUUUCAAAACAAUUUUAAUUGCUAAUAAUGUCAUGCAGUUAAGCAAAGAAGCUAAUCUAACUAUUUCUCAUAAUGAUGUAGCUAUGUGUAAGAAACUCGCCAGAAGUAAUGCGUGUAAAAAUAUUUUUGAAUUACUUAGUAAAUCGCUAGCCCCGUCUAUACAUGGGCAUGAUUAUGUAAAAAAAGCAAUUUUGUGUUUAUUACUUGGAGGUGUGGAGAAACUGUUACCUAACGGUACAAGAUUAAGAGGGGAUGUUAACGUGUUACUUAUAGGUGAUCCAUCUGUUGCAAAAUCACAACUUUUACGUUAUGUUCUGUGUACGGCGCCAAGAGCAAUUCCAACUACCGGUAGAGGAUCUUCGGGUGUUGUAACAGCUGCUGUUACUGUAGAUAAUGAGACUGGAGAACGUAGACUUGAAGCUGGGGCUAUGGUAUUAGCAGAUCGAGGAAUUAUUUGUAUAGAUGAGUUUGAUAAAAUGUCGGAUAUUGAUAGAACAGCGAUACACGAAGUAAUGGAACAAGGAAAAGUAACUAUUGCUAAAGCUGGAAUACACGCUAGUUUAAAUGCACGGUGUUCGGUAUUGGCGGCUGCAAAUCCAGUUUACGGAAGAUAUGAUCAGUAUAAAACGCCAAUGGAAAAUAUUGGCCUACAAGAUUCACUACUAUCACGUUUUGAUCUAUUGUUUGUUAUGCUAGAUACAGUCGAUCCUGAACAGGAUCAAAUAAUAAGUGAUCAUGUUGUGAGAAUGCAUAGAUAUAGAAAUCCUACAGAGCAAGAUGGGGAAGCAUUACCACUGGGUAGUAAAAUAGAUAUAUUGACUACGAAAAAUCCGGAUGAAAUUCUUAAUGAAAACACGGGAACUCAGGUUUAUCAAAAAUAUGAUCCUUUGCUGCAUGGUCUGUCCCGUUCAAAAAGUGAUCAAAUUUUAACUAUAAACUUUAUGAGAAAAUAUAUUCACAUAGCUCGUUGUAUGAAACCAAAACUUACGGAAGAGGCUUGUGAAGUUAUUGCCAGCGAGUACUCAAAGUUGCGAUCAGAAGAAUCACUAGAUUCCGAUUUAGCGAGGACACAACCUGUAACAGCUCGUACUUUGGAAACAUUGAUUCGAUUGUCUACUGCACACGCAAAAGCUCGUUUAUCAAAAAAUGUUACUGCUGAUGAUGCUUUUGCAGCGAUAGAACUCGUUGAAUUUGCUUACUUUAAGCGAGUUCUAGAAAAAGAAAAGAGAAAGCGAAGACGACACGAUAGCGAAGAUAGCCAGGCCGGGGAAGACGAGCAUGAAAAACAGAAAAAACGUACAAGAAAAACAAAUGCAGCAUCAGAUGAUCCAUAUGACUUUGAAAAUGAAGAUGAUAGUCAUAUCGAUGAAGUUACACGAAAAGUAACUAGAUCACAAAUAAAAACGACUAGAUCAAAAUCCGAUCAAUCAACGCCGGACUCUGAUCAACCUGUUGUACCAGAAACACCCGCAACUAUUACCGAUGAAAGACUUAAAGUCUUUAGAACACUUCUGCAUAAGUUAUUCCAACAACAAAGGGCACAAUUACUUCCGUUAUCAAGAGUACGUGAAUAUAUUAACGCUGAACAGUCCGAAGAGUUUACACCGGGAGAAAUUACCGCUGCAAUUAACAAAAUGUCCGAUGCUAAUCAAAUUAUGGCUGCAGACGAUAAUAUCUUUCUUAUGUAAAUUCUUUAUUUACGUAAGUCAUUUUAUAUUUUUUUACUAUAUAAAUUUGCCAUGAAUUUUUGUACUUUACGAGAUAUUUUAAUAAAUAUUAAACAAUCUGUUUGAAA